AUGUCCGACGCUCCGGCGAGUCCUGGCGGUGGAAGCCACGAGAGCGGUGAACACAGUCCGCGUUCUAACAUCCGCGAGCAAGAUAGGUUUCUUCCUAUCGCGAAUAUCAGCCGCAUCAUGAAGAAGGCUCUCCCUGCUAAUGGGAAGAUUGCGAAAGAUGCUAAAGAGACCGUUCAGGAAUGUGUUUCUGAGUUCAUCAGCUUCAUCACCAGCGAGGCCUCUGAUAAGUGUCAGAGAGAGAAGAGGAAGACGAUUAACGGCGAUGAUUUGCUUUGGGCGAUGGCGACACUAGGUUUCGAGGAUUAUAUUGAUCCUCUUAAGAUUUACCUUACGAGAUACAGAGAGAUGGAGGGUGAUACGAAGGGCUCUGGCAAGGGUGGAGACUCGUCUGCUAAGAAAGAUCUUCAACAAGGAUCUAAUCCUCAUCUUGUUCAUCAAGGUUCUUUCUCACAAGGUGUUUCUUACACAAAUUCUCAGGGUCAACAUAUGAUGGUUCCUAUGCAAGGCCCAGAGUAG